AUGGAUCAAGAAACAGUAAAUUUGAUCUGUCGAGAGCUGAACUGUGGAAGAACUGGCAGUGAGAGUCCUGCAGGAGCGAGAGUGGAAUCAGCUCCUAACUGGCUGGAUGAUCUGAAAUGUAGGAGACAUGACUCCACUCUGUGGCACUGUCCAUCUUCACCCUGGAGACAGAACAACUGUGAUAAGCACAACGAGGUGGCUCACAUCACCUGCUCAGAAGAAGAGGAAAGUCAUCGUGUGUUACAAAGCCAUUUGAAGUGCUUAUCAUCCCAUCACAGACAAUGUUCAAAUCACCUGCCUCUCAGGCUGAGGGGAGGGUAUGGAAGCUGCUUUGGGAGGCUGGAGGUGUAUCACAACGCUGAAUGGGGGUCCGUUUGUGAUGAUCUGUGGGACAUCAGGGAUGCUCAGGUUGUGUGCAGGCAGCUGGGUUGUGGGCCGGCGCUGAGUGCUGAUGCGAGUGCUGUCUUUGGUGCUGGUGAAGGGCCUAUCUGGCUGAACAGAGUGAAGUGUAGAGGGAAUGAGAUUCACCUGUGGGACUGUCCUCAUUCCCUGAAGAACCACACUGACUGCUCCCACAGUCAAGACGCUGGAGUCACCUGUGAAGACACAUCUGUAUCUUCUACUAAUACACCCAUAACAACAGUUACCACCUCCACUACUCCAGUUGUUCAGACAGAAAAGAAAACAAUUACUCCUCCACAAACUCUUCCAACUGCUGUUCCAUCCAUCUAUCCAGUGUCUCUCCUGGUUCUGGGAGCAUUGCUUUUCCUGGCCUUAGUGCUUCUGGUUGUGCUGUUUUACCAGAACAGAGUGCUCAGGAGAGUGCUCUCUAAGAGGAGGCGUAAGGCUCUGACUGAGGCAGUCUAUGAGGAGAUCGACCGCAGAUACAUCACUAAAAGAAAUGACUCAACUCGAAGAGGAAGUAUCCUCUCUGAAGAACAGCAUUCAGGAUAUGAGAAUGUGGAUGUGGAGCUUCUCUCAGCAAAGUCCCUGACUGGAGUGAAGGCAGAAUAUUAUGAUGAUGUCAUCACCAGUGGCCUGAUAAAUGAAUCAGCAAAAGAGGACACAGCAGAGAAUUAUGAUGAUGUCAUCACUGCUGGACAGAUCUCUGAUAGUGUAGCAGAGGACGUAGCAGACAAUUAUGAUGAUCAGAGCUCAGCUGUUGUAACAGAAGACAUGACAGAUAACUAUGAUGAUGCUGUUACCACUGGACCAAACUCCUACAUUAUGACAAUGGACACACAAGAGAACUAUGAUGGUGUCAUCACUGCUGAACAGGAUAUAGAAGGAGCAAAAGACUAUGAUGACGUGGAGGAGGAGCCUAAGACAGAGAUGAAUCAUGUGACUGAGAGACCACAGCCAGUGUCUUUCUUCAGAAAACUACAUUCAAACCUCUUCAAACACAAGAAAUGA